AAAAAAGUACGACCGCUUUCUAUUUUCACACUGACGCUGUGGUUAACGUUCCGUGAAUAAACCCUGAAGUAUUAACUCCAGCAUAAACCUUUGCUUGUUUUGACUUUUCAAAGCGGAACAACAAGCGUGUUUGUUUCCGCCCGAGCCAAUAAUCAGUGAGCACCGCAGCGGACAUGGCAGCCCUCCGGUCGGGAAGAUUGACAAAGACACUUCCUGUGGUUUUGGCAUCUCAACGUAUGUCUAGCUCCUUUAAGGCUGCCGACCUGACAAUUGAGCGAAACCCGGUAUGCAAGGACAAGCCCGACCCGUCCACGCUGGUGUUCGGCAAACAGUUCUCGGACCACAUGUUGACCAUCACGUGGUCCGCCAGCGCCGGCUGGGAUGCCCCCAAGAUCAAACCCUUCCAGAACUUGUCUCUGCAUCCCGCUAGCUCCGCCCUGCACUACUCCAUUGAGCUUUUUGAAGGCAUGAAGGCAUUCCGCGGCGUCGACAACCACGUUCGCCUCUUCCGCCCGAUGCUCAACAUGGAGAGGAUGCAUCGCAGCGCCGAGCGCAGCUGCCUCCCUGUAUUUGAAAAAGAUGAGCUGCUGCAGUGCAUCAAGAAGUUGGUGGAAGUGGACCAGGAGUGGGUUCCUUACUCUCAGGACGCCAGCCUCUAUAUCCGACCCACCUUCAUCGGCACAGAGCCGUCCCUCGGCGUGACACGGGCCAGCGAGGCGAUGCUCUUCGUCAUCGUGGGGCCGGUCGGACCGUACUUCGCCACCGGCUCCUUCAACCCCGUCUCGCUGCUGGCCGACUCGUCCUUCGUGCGCGCCUGGAAAGGAGGCGUCGGCGCUUACAAGAUGGGAGGGAACUACGGUCCAACCAUCGCGGUGCAGAACGAGGCAGUGCAGCGAGGCUGCCAGCAGGUUCUGUGGCUGUACGGCGAGCAGGAGGAGAUUACGGAGGUCGGCACCAUGAACCUUUUCAUCUACUGGACCAACAAGAACGGAGAGAAGGAGUUGCUGACACCACCGCUGGACGGCAUCAUCCUGCCUGGAGUCACCAGACAGUCUCUGCUGGACCUGGCCAGAACCUGGCGUGAGUUUAAGGUGACAGAGCGCACGAUGAGCAUGAAGGAGCUGCUGGGAGCUGUGGACUCAGGACAGGUUCUGGAGGUGUUUGGGGCCGGGACCGCCUGUGUGGUGUGUCCAGUGGGCAGCCUUCUCUACAAGGGGAAGACGUAUGAGAUCCCGACCAUGCAGAAUGGCCCCGACUUGGCCAAGAGGUUCUACAAAGAGCUUACUGAUAUACAGUAUGGACGCAAGGCGAGUGAAUGGGCACCGCUGGUGGUUUAGUUUCUUUGCACAAAGUAGUCCAACAGUUACAUCCCAUAAUUCCUUCUAACCACUAAAGUACUCCUAUCCUCCUGCCACUAAGUGGUCGUCAUAGAAACAUCAGAAUCUGGAGCAAUAUGAACAGUAUGCAAUGUUUGAUGUGUUUACCAAUAUAUAUAUAUAGAAUACAUAUAUAGCACAAUGUUACUCUUCCUAUAACUGUAGUUGUGGCUUAGGAGUGCUGAGCUGCAAUCCUUGUUUUUAAAACUGUUACAUUGACACGUCAUCAUGGUUGUGGACCAAAAGGGGGCGCCACAACACUGCUGACGUCACUUUGCACUCCUGAGAGGCUUCCAGGUGGGACAAGCCAGUUUGAACUGCACAAAAACGCUGGAGAUUAGAAGAUUAGAGCAAAGCUGAAUGUCUGCACUAGUUUAUUGUGAGAACAUUAUUUAAUUUUUAAAUGUUUUGCUCCUUCCUAUGAAAUUUGUCAGCAGUCUUCCAGUUCUCAGAAGUUUUUAAACCUCGUCUAAGUGCCUGCUGACAAAUGUCCGUCAGCUUGUCUUUUAGUCCUUUCUUUGUAUGUGCUGUUACCUUCAGUGAGCAUGUUUUUACAAUAAACUCCAUUUGACUAGUCUUCAAA